AUGGCAAGAGGAUUGCACCCAUCGUGCUGCCGCGUGAGCCGAAGGCGGCCCAUGGGAGCCGUGUUGAGCUCUUUCUCCUUCCGGCUUUGUGCCUCUCAGCAGUGGCCGCGCUGUGCAGCCUGCCGACGACGUUUGCAACACUGCGCCAAGCACUUGGAGCAGCUGCAGGAGAUCUUGCUUCCAGCAGUGAUUCCGGCCGGCACCUGCAGCUUGCAGCUUUGGCAGGGCCUUGCACAGGUGUGCUUCGACGAGGACCUGAACGACUUGGAGACCUUCUCCAGCGCGGCCUGUGUGGCCAAGGUGGAUCCCAAGUGUCCUCCCUGCCUGCCAGGGUGUCCCAGAUGUGCUGCAGUGGCAGAAGCAGACCCCAACUUGGCCAGCGUGCGUGGCUUGGCUGCACCUUCUGGGAGCCAAGGCUGCAAGCGUGGCGCCUUCCUUCUGAGGUGUGGACUUACCACUGGGACGGAUGGCGGCCUGGCCAGCUUCCUGCAACGUUGGUCUUCCAGCUGA